CAUAAAAUUUUAACGCUGCGGCUGUUUUGGCUUUUUAUCCAAAAGUUUUAUUGAAGUACAAGUUCUAAAAGUCAAGUAUUAUUCAGUCCAUUCUAGUACUUACGUGGUACUUACUUAAUUUUCGUUGUUUGGAAUGGAUGAUUUGUGUAUAACAUGUCUGAGUGCGGGUCGAAAUUUAAUUUACAUCGGUGGAACAGAAUUACAACAAAUAUAUUUACAAAUUCUGAAUGAACCUGUAACAAAAAUGCUAGAGUCCUAUCUGCAAAUCUGCUGGGAAUGUCAAGCAAUACUGAAUCGAUUUCAACAAUUCAAAACCCAAACUCAGAGCUGUUAUGCUGAGCUCUGGAAUCAUGUUCAACAGGGACUCACCCCUUUACAUUCCUUAGUAAAAACUCCAUGUUUAAAAAUGUACAGUGUUGUAAAUAUUCAUAUAACUGAUAAAAAUGGAGAAGAAGGCACACAUUUCGAACCAGAAACCUUUGCAGAUGAACUGAAAUUAAAAAAAAAGAAAAAAGUGUCUAAAAAGAGUGUGGAAUUGAAAAAGAAAAUGCGACACAAGGUAAAGAAAGAAAAAGUGAAAAAGGAACCUAUCAAACCAGCUUCAGAUAAAAGUGAUGAUGAAGAUCUCAUUGUUAAUGAUUUUAUGGAAGAUAAUGAUGAAGAAAAACCCUUAUCUGAGAUAGGCGGCAACCUUGUUGAGGUGGAAUUUGAACCACAAGUUGAACAGAACACAGAAGAACUCAAAGUAAUGUCGGCAGCGCAACGUAAGCGAGCUAAGGCGCUUGUGAAUACGUCUUGCCUCUUACAGAAUUAUGACGAUGUUGUUUCAUCGAUACCGGUGACUAACAAUGAGGAAGAGCUAAAAAUGGCAAUGAAUUCAAUAAGUCAAGAUGUUAAUGUAGAAGGAAUACCUGACAAUUUUAUACUGGACUGUUCUUUGGAAACAAUAUAUAAUAUGAGUGGAAUUGAUUUUCAAGAAAUUUCACACUACACGUCGCAGAUAGUUGAAGCUAAUCCUCCAAAAAAAUAUAAAACAACUCCCUCAGCUGUUGUUGACGCUGUACAACAAUUAAACAAUAAUGUAGAUUUAGAAGAAAUACCAAUAAACGUAAUUACAAAUGAAACAAAACAAGUUCCUACACAGAAUAUAGAGACACAAACAGAUUCUACUUCUUCUUGUGAUGAAUCCAUCAACAAUCAUAGUAGCAUUAACCAAGACCUAGAAGAUAUUAAUUCAAUACCAACGGAACAAGUCAACAAAAAACCAAAGCGAGGAAGAAAAAGGAAAUUUGAAGAUCAAAAUAGAGAAAUAAAAAAGAAACGUUGCAAUACUAAUGAAGAUUAUAUCAAUGUUAAAGGAAAAAAAGUGAAAAGUAAAACUUUUACUGGAAACAGCUUUGACUGCCACUGUUCUAAAAAAUGUACCGAAAAGCUAAGCGCAAAUCAACGUAAAGCUGAAUUUGAUAAAUUUUGGAGCGCAGGAUCAUACGAGGCUCGGUUUGCUUUAUUACAAGGAUAUGUCAAAGAAAACGCCAAAAAACGGUCUUAUUCUACAAAGUCUAAGAGAAUGUAUACAAGAAAAUAUUGUAUACAGAAUGUUGAUGUAUGUAAAAAAACUUUAUUAAACACAUUGGCAGUGAGUCAAUCAAGAGUCGACAUCGCUUUAAAGAAAAACCGGAACAAUGAACCCAUUGAUAAAAGAGGAAUAAGAGGAGGUCAGAACUCGAUUAAACCUGAGCAGGUAAAAGAUAUGAGAAAUUUUAUUGAACAAUUACCUAGAUACUCAUCACAUUAUUACAGAGAAAGUACAAAUGCAAAUUAUCUGGCACCCAAUUUAAAUCUUACAAUUUUAUAUGGCAAAUAUAAAGAUAAGAGCAGCAAUCCAGUAAGUUUUUCAAGAUUUAGACAGUACUUUGUUCAAGAUUUCAAUCGCAAAUUUAAAAAACCACAAAAGGAUACUUGAAAACUACUAUGGUGCGAUACUUGUAAAACCAAAUUAACAGGAGUGACAGGAGCUGAAAAAAAUAUUCUUGAAAAACAACAUCUGGAGCAUGUGGAUCAUGCUCGUGCUUUGAGAGAACAAAUGAAAAAAGAUUUGGCACUAGCCAAAACAGAGCAAUAUACAGAAACACAUUCGAUUUAGAAAAAACGCACAGCCUACCAAAGUUGCUGACUAAUGUUGUCUAUUAUAAAAGGCGACUUAAUUUAUACAAUUUAGGUAUACACUGUACAUGCCAAGGUUUUAUUUUUAUAUAUGGCUUGAAGAUCAAGCGGGAAGAUAUUUUAAAGCCUGGCAUAAAACGAUUAAUUCUUUGGUCAGACUCAUGUGGUGGACAAAAUCGCAGCAUCAAAAUGGUACUUGUUCUAUUACAUAUUCUUCAAAAUCAUCCCACACUAUAAGAAGUGAUUUUGCGUUUUUUACAACCAGGACACACAUUUACCAAAUGAUUCCGAGUUUGGAGAUGUAUAAUGUCUUUUAAAGAAACAAACACGGAUAUAGCCGACUUAAUUGAAGUUAUGAAAAAUUGUCACAGACAGAACAAAUUUAUUGUGAUUGAAAUGCCUAAAGAAGAUUUUUACUCCAUUUCCCCCAUU